AUGUCGGAAGGAAACAAUGCUUUGGAAUUGGAACAUGUGAUUGGAUUUACUGGAAAAUAUGGACAUACCAUCUCCAUUCACCCUCGGAAUAGUAAAUAUAUUUUGUAUCCUAUUGGAGGAGUGUUGGUAGUGGGAGAUAUCAACGAUCCUCAUAAUCAACAAUUUUUGACUGAACACGACGAAGAAAUUACUUGUGUGGCCUUGACCAACAGUGGUCGAUUAUUGGCCACCGCUCAGAUUGGAACAACAAAGAGAAAGGGACAAAUGGCCACAGUCAUUGUUUGGGAAUUGGCAAAAAAGAAGGUUCUAUUCAGGAUUGAGAGUCAUCUUAAUAGAGUUAUGUCUUUAUCUUUUACUCAUGAUGACAAGUUUUUAGCAGUUUCAGACGGCUCGGGAAAAGUUUCCAUAUGGGACACACAAACUGGACAGUUGGCUGGAGGAGCGAAAAUCGAUCGGCCAGCAUUCUUUGUCACUUCAUCACCACUCACUCCCGAUUUCAAUCCAAGAAGACCCUCCUAUACUUUUAUCAUUGCCACCGACAAUUCGAUUCAAGUUUGCUCAUGGGCCUACGAAGCAAAGGCCAUGCAAUUUGUUCUUUCGACUCGAAUCUGCCAACUUCCUGGAAGAAUUGCAGGCUUUCAAAGAGAAUACCUUGAAGCAUGUAUUGACGAGAGCGGCGAAUUUUGUUAUGCAGGAACAAAAACAGGAGAGAUUAUGGUCUUCAAUAUUAAGAAUGCAAUUUAUAGAAACUCUAUUCAAGUCUCUUCGAGUGUUAUGUCUCUUUGUAAUGAGAAGGACAUUUUAUAUUGUGGCUGCAGUGAUGGAUCACUGAAAAUGCUUCAAGGCAAUGACACCAAUUGGAAAAUUAAGAAGGAAACAAAGCUUGUAGGAAGAGUGACCUCUUUGAGUUUGCAUUCCGAACAACGGGUAUUGAUGGCAGGAACUGACAAUGGAAAAAUUUAUCGCCUCAAUGUGGACACUCUUGAGAGCGAGCUCAUUGAGGAGAGUCAUAUUCGUGAGGUGACAGACGUUGCUUUUUCGAGUGAAAAGAGCGAUCAAUUCUGUUCAUGCUCUUCCGAUGGAACCAUUCGAGUUUGGGAUUUAGAAAACUAUUUCACUCUCAACACCUUUGUAGUGGCUACCCAAACCUCAAAACCUACGUGCAUCAUUUAUGUGGGAGAAAAGGUUGUAACAGGUUGGUCCGACGGAUUUAUUCGAUGCUUUAACACGAAAACAAAUCAACAAGAUUGGCAAAUUGUCAACACCCACAAAGGUGGAGUCACUAGUUUGGACUGUGAUGGUAAGAUUCUUGUGAGCGGGGGCCACGAUGGUGUCGUGAGGUUAUGGUCCAUGAGAAAUCAGGAAAUGUUUGGACAAUUUUCAGAUCACACCAAACCUGUGACUGGAGUGAAAAUUGAUGUUGGUCAAGCUCAUUUACUGCAUACCACUAGCAUGGAUAAAUUUGUCUACACCUACGAUUUACAGAAGAAUAAGAGAAUUGUUUUCCACUCCAUUGCAGAUCGAUCAUGCCCAGGAUUUACUGGUAUUUCACAAAGACUGGAUAAUGAACUUGAGGUGAUCACAUGUGGCAGUGAUGGAAAAAUUCGUUUCUGGGACAUUGAUUUUCCAGAUCAAGUAGACAUGUUCGAAGAUAAGAAUACUCAAAUAAGCGCUAUUAGUGUCAGUCCCAGUGGAAAAUAUUUGGCCUCUUGUGGAAAUGAUGGACUCGUCAAAGUUUGGGAUAUGAAGACGAAACAAGUGAUUGGAAAAGGUUCAUGUACAGCUGUGGUUUGCAAAUGCUCUUGGUCACCUGAUGAAAAACAAAUUAUUACUUGUGCCGUUGAUGCCUCUAUUUCAGUAUGGAAUUUUUAUUUGGAUUGA